AUGGAUGAGUAUAAAAAACUCAUCUAAAAUAAUAGAGAAUGGGCAGCAAAAAUGAGAAUAGAAGAUCCACAAUUUUUUUUGAAUACUUCAAAAGAAAUUGAGCAUAAAUACUUGUGGAUAGGAUGUUCUGAUAGCAGAGUUUCUGCAGAGCAACUUACUAGUCUUCAACCAGGAGAUAUUAUAGUUCAUAGGAAUGUAGCUAAUUAGGUUAUUCACACUGAUUUAAACUGUUUAUCAGCAAUAUAGGGAGCAGUUGAUUUUCAUAAAGUAGAACAUAUAAUUGUAUGUGGCCAUUAUGGAUGUGGAGGUGUUAAAGCUGCAGUUGAAAACCCUAAUUUAGGUUUAAUUAAUAAUUGGAUACUUCAUAUCAGAGAUAUUUAUUUGAAACACAAAAGAAUUAUUGAUUAGACAAAAGGAGAUGAAAAAUUUAACAAAAUGAGCGAACUAAAUACUAUUGAAUAAGUUUACAAUUUAGGCAAUACAACUGUUUUACAAAAUGCUUGGAAUAGCAAGUAGAAAAUUUAAAUUCAUGGGUGGGUUUAUGGUCUUGAAGAUGGAAGAAUAAAAGAUCUUAAUAUCAGCUCCAGUAACUAUAGAGAAUUAGUCAAAAACUAUAAAAGAGCAAUAAAAUACUUAAAAGAAUAAUGA